AUGCCACCAGCCUCCCUCGGCGGCCGCUUGCCGGGCCGCCUCCUCGGGGCGGGGUGUCCGGCGCGGCGCGGGGCGGGGCGGGGCGGACGGAGGAGGGGCCGGCGCGGCGGGACGGCGGGCCCGGCAGGUCGGCCCGGUAGGCGCCGCUCGGCGGGAGCGAGGUGGCGGGACGCUGGGCUGCGGGACAGACCCGAGGUGAGGGCCGCGCACGCCGCCGACUGGGCGCACAAUCCCGGGCUGGAGCGGGACCGAGUUCCCGAAACCAGCGCCUGUCUAAUGGGACCCUGCGGUCAGCGGCAGUGUGCGGGCUCCGUGGCACCACGCCCCCUGUGGGCCGGGGGCCUCUGGGGUCUCAGGAAGGUGGGCUUUAUGCUGCACCUAGAGAGCACAGGGCCGUUGGACAGAAAAGCGGUCGUGCGGGCCCAGAGGGAGCGCCCUGUCUGGGACCCUGCCUGGAGCGCCACACGCACUCGCAUUGGCGCUUCUCGGCCUAAAACCACCAUUCCGCCCCCAGAAGCAUGGUGCGAACGGCGAGGAGCCUCUGUGAACCGAAGGGAGCGUCCCCGGGUGAGGGGCGGCGCAGGCCGGUACAGCCUCUGCGAGUCCCGCAGACCCCGGCCCCGCAACGGCGACCUGCUGCGUCACCUUGGGCGGGAUCAAAACUUCUGAGGCUGGCCUAUCUCUCGUGUAAACUGAGGACUGUAACCUGCAAGAGGCUGAAGUGACACCACAAGCGUUCCUGCCGCCCUUCCGCGGCCGGACGGGAACGCGAGGCGCGGAGCCCGGGAAACCCAGAAGCGCCGGCCUGCUAGCCCCACGAGACCCAGGAGCUGGCGGCUGCUAGCGACAGCCAUCGAUCUGAGGAGCUUCCUCUCACAGGCUUUCCCACUUUCUCGUCCCUAAGGGGCCCCACCGCCGUGUCUCCUUUUUCCCUCUUCUGAGGAAAUCCCGAGCAGCCUAACUCUGACCCCGCUGGAGAGAGGGCGCCCAGGGAGGAGGGAAUUUGCGCUGGGCCCAGAGCGCAUGCUCAGUGGUUUGGGUUUGGGCGGGUUCCCGCGGCGGGGAGCCCAUCUUAAAGGCGGCCCCUCUGAUUGGCCGGUCUUUUCAGGCCACGCCCAUUGCCUGCUGAUGGACAGCUCCUUACCUGCUGGGUCGGAUUCCGCAGCGCGAGGUGGUAUCUUGGAACAGGCCUCGGGAGGAAUCGCCGCCGGCUCUCAAGCCUAAGUGCCUGGAGGCGCCCUAACCGCCGUCUUCGCGACGAAGGAGGCUGCCCAUUGCGUCCCACCCCACCAGAAAACCAAACACUGGCCUACAUCGGAAUCUUAAAGCGAUUUUAUUUUUAAGUAAUCUCUACACCCAACCUGGGGC